UCAUCUCUCCAGCAGCUGCAGCGCGACCGAGGCGGAGGCUGUCAAGCAACUUUUGUGUAUGAACUUCCAAGUUUUGAACGAUAGCAAAAGGAAGGAGAAACUGGAGUAAAGGGAACAACGGAUAAGAAAAGACAAUACUAUUUUGACGUUUUUGUCGUGGUGAAAAUCUAGAGACUCGACGCUCACCUUGUGGCCAAACAUUGUGAUAGAGGUUUUCCUGGAAUCUGUGUCUCUCUGAGAACGGCGGAGGUGGGGAGAGGAAAGAUUAUCCUGAGACUGACACACAAGACAGGACAGGAGCCUAGUUCACCAGAGACCGACGCAGCAUACAGACCUGAGGAGGACCAACACUAGCAACAACCUUCUGUCUGCCCUGCCUUUCUCUUCCUCCUCCAGUCCUCCCAGCCACCCAUGCUCUGUGAGGCUCUCUAUCCUCUCCUCUCCCUGGGCAUAAUGCUCCAUCUCUACUGCUAAGCUCUCCCUUACCCCACCUUACCCCCUAACUCCACCAUGACCAGUCUGAAGCGGUCUCAGACGGAGCGUUCGGUGGGCGGCUCGGUACCUGCCUCUGAUGAAUUCUACACCCGUCGCCUGCGCCUCCCCAAUGGUGGCGCCCCCCCACCUCGCUCGGAGAGCACCCACCUCACCUCCUCUUCCUCAUCCGGCUCCUCUUCCUCCUCCACCCCGGGGGUUCCCAAGAUGGGAGUCAGGGCGCGUGUGGCGGACUGGCCCCCAAAACGGGAUGGAACGGGCGGGGUGUGGCACAUCACCGUAGAUACGGACUCCCCGAGUUCCACCAUGUCAUCUUCAGGCGGCGGAGAAUGUGGGUCAGGCGGGUCGGCCGGGGAACGCGGGUCGGCCGGGGAACGCGGGUCGGCCGGGGAACGCGGAGAAAGAGAACGGAGCUCGGGUUCAGGCUCGGCGCCCACGGCCCAUAGCAACCUGUCAGCUAAACUGGGCCACCUGAUCAGCCCUCAGGACUCCUCGAUGCUCCGGAACAUCCACAACACCCUGAAGAGCAAGAUGCACCACAGCAGACAUCACAGCAAAGACAACCGCUACCUGUCGCCAGACGGCUACCAGGGCUCGCCGCGUAAAGGCAUGAGGCGUAUCCGCCAGCGCUCCAACAGUGACAUCACUAUCUCUGAGCUGGAGGGUGACGGGGGCGAGGGCUGGUCCUUCUCCGGCUGGACGCCCAUGCAUCGAGAGUACGGCAGCACCUCUUCCAUAGACAAACAUGCAGGCUCAGGGGAGAGCUUCUUCGAUAUGCUCAAGGGCUAUACGUCCCAGGAGGCUCCUGAUCAACGCAGCCCGGCGCCGGACAGACUUGGUGAGCUGCUGACGGUGGCCCCGCACAAACAGGCUGCCCUGGAUCUACCUGAUGGACCCCUGGGUCCUACCAGAGGUAGCCCUGCCAGUCGCCUGAAGGAAAGAGAGAAACACCUGAAGAGGAGGUCCAAGUCGGAGACUGGAGGGGAGUCGAUCUUCAGGAAGCUCCGCAGCGUCAAGGCCGAGGGUGACUCGUCCCGGGCUGGGUCUGAUGUGGAGGAUGGGGUGCGGGAGGAUGUCAGCGGCCCCCCUCCUAAACCCUGGUCCUGUCAGAAAGGCUUCGCUCACUUUGACGUGCAGAGUAUCCUCUUCGACCUCAACGAGGCCAUCCAGGGUCGACAGUCUGGCGGGAAACGCAAGAACACAACCACGGGCGCCUCCGCCGCGGCCGCCGCCUCGGCCUCCGCCACUUCCUCGCUCUCGUCCAAUCAGAGCGGGGUAUGCGGCGGGGGCGGGUCUCCGUGCGGGUCCCAGGAGGAGCUGAGUGGGAAGGAGGGGGCCACGGGACAGGGAGGGACUCACACCACUAACCCUGCCCUAGACCCUGGUGAUGAGAAGAGCAACGAUCUGGUGCUGAACUGUCCUUGUUUCAGGAAUGAGCUGGGAGGAGAGGGAGAGAGGAACAUUGGCCUCUCUAAACGGGGUAGUAUAGGCAGUGGGGGCAGCUCCAGUGGCUCUGGGGGGGGAGGUGGCUCAGAGGAGGGACCCCUGGAGACCUCUCUCCCCCACUUCACCAACGCCGGGGUGUCCGUGCUGGAGGCCCCUAAAGACGGACAGGGACAGCAUGCUGAUAGGGCCAAACGAUCUGUGGAGCACUGCGACCAGGGGUCUUACUACUACAGGAAAUACUUCUAUCUGAGAGAGCAUUGGAACUACCUGGGUGUAGAUGACACUCUGGGUCCAGUAGCAGUGAGUUUGAGGAGAGAGAAACUAGAGGAACACAAGGAGCAUGGACAACAGUACAACUACAGAGUCAUCUUCAGAACCAGCGAGCUCACCACCCUGCGUGGGUCUAUCCUGGAGGAUGCGGUGCCAUCUACCUCAAAGCACGGCCUGGCGCGGGGUCUACCCCUCAAAGAGGUGCUAGAUUACCUGGUACCAGAGCUGAACGCCCACUGUCUCAGACUGGCUCUCAACACACCUAAAGUCACAGAGCAGCUGAUGAAGCUGGACGAACAGGGGUUGAGUUUCCAGUUGAAGGUGGGGGUGAUGUACUGUGCGUCGGGACAGAGCAGUGAAGAGGAUAUGUACAACAAUGAUUCGGCAGGUCCUGCUCUGGAGGAGUUCCUUCAGCUGCUUGGGGAGAGGGUCCGACUGAAAGGAUUCACCAAGUACCGAGCCCAGCUGGACACAAAGACUGACUCCACAGGGACCCACUCCCUGUACACCACCUAUAAGGACUAUGAGGUGAUGUUUCAUGUCUCCACCAUGCUGCCCUACACACCCAACAACAAACAACAGCUCCUGAGGAAGCGGCACAUAGGAAAUGACAUAGUGACCAUCGUAUUCCAGGAGCCUGGGGCUCAACCCUUCACCCCCAAGAACAUACGGUCACACUUCCAACACGUGUUUGUAGUGGUGAGAGCACACCAACCCUGCUCUGACAACACCUCCUAUAGCGUGGCGGUCACUCGUUCUCGUGACGUCCCGUCCUUCGGCCCUCCCAUCCCAGAGGACGUGUCCUUCCCAAAGUCCUCCGUGUUCCGGGACUUCCUCUUGGCCAAGAUCAUCAACGCUGAGAACGCCGCCCACAAAUCGCACAAGUUUCGCGCCAUGGCGACACGGACACGUCAGGAGUACCUCAGAGACCUGGCAGAGCGCCACACCACGUCGACCCCCAUCGACCCGUCUGGGAAAUUCCCCUUCAUCUCAUUGGCUCACAAGAGGAAGGAGAAGAGUCGUCCGUACGCGGGGGCGGAGCUUCGGAGCCUCGGCGCCGUCACGUGGGCGGUCCACGCCGAGGAUCAUGGGGCGGGAGGAGAGCUCGAAGCACUACUGGCUAUCUCCAACGACUUCCUCAUUCUAUUGGAUCAGGAGGCCAAGGCCGUGGUGUUUAACUGUGCUACUAAGGACGUGAUUGGCUGGACGCUGGGGAGCCCCGCCUCCAUGAGGAUCUUCUAUGAGAGAGGGGAGAGUGUGUCUCUGAGGUCUGUCAGUAACAACACAGAGGACUUCAGAGAGGUGGUGAAACGACUGGAGUACCUGACUAAGGGUUGUGAGACGUCUGAGAUGACACUACGUCGUAACGGGCUGGGCCAGCUGGGUUUCCAUGUCAACUACGAGGGCAUCGUGGCAGAGGUGGAGUCAUACGGGUACGCCUGGCAGGCGGGGCUGAGGCAGGGCAGCCGAUUGGUCGAAAUCUGCAAGGUUGCCGUGGCGACACUGACCCACGAACAGAUGAUAGACCUGCUGAGGACGUCGGUCACCGUCAGGGUAGUCAUCAUCCCGCCACACGAAGACGCUACCCCACGCAGAGGUUGCUCUGAGCUCUACCGUAUGCCAGUGGUUGAGUAUAAGGGGAGUGGUGAGAGUGGUUCGUUUGACUACAAGUUCCCGUUCCGCAGCAAAGACAACAAGUGGCAGAGAACCUCCAGUAGUCCCCAGCAGUCCCUGACGGCCUCCCCCCAGCCGCACACCCCCAACCGGGCCGUCAGCCUGGGGAGCUCUGGGGGGAAGACUCUGUCCGCUGAACGCCCAGAGAGAAACGCUGCUAUACCACGCAGUGUUAGUAGUGAUGGACGGCCGCUGGAUACCAAGAGAAUGUCUCCGGGCAGUGAGAACUAUGCCGUAACCUCCUCUCUGGCUCUGGGCCGUUCUCCUCACAACCGUUCUUCCCCCUCCAACCUCUCCUGCUCCACUGACACCUCACAGCACUGGAGGACUCAGAAGUCUAUGCCUGAGGGGUUCGGAGAACGCAGACAACACUCUCCUUUAUCUACGGAGCGGCAGGUGGUGGGAGAAGGAGGGGCUAGCGGCAAGUCCACACCAAAUUGGCCGAGAGUAGAGGAAGGGGGUGGGUCCGACAGAGGUUCUACAGAUUCUCCUGUGUCUAAGUCUGGUCCUGGGUACUCCGGAGCACCACGCAUCCAGAGGCAGGAGCAGGUCAUCCACCACUCCCCCAAGAAGAGCUCCCAGCCUGAGGGUCCCUACUCCAGCAGUAACACCCUGUCCAGCACGGCCUCCAGCGGGGGCCACAGCGACACCGACAAGUGGUCCGACCUGGGGGGCCCCGGAGCACCAGGGGAGGCCACUGACUCUGAACCCAACGGCCUGGGAGGGGGUUACCUCCAUGGGGCUUCGGCCGACAGCGGGAUAGACACCUCGUCUUACGGAGGAGGAGGGGGCCACACACACCCCCACCACGGGAGCUCUAGUUCCCUCUUGGCUCCUGGGGGUAGAGAGGGGAGGGAUAGAGCUCCAUCCCCUUGGCAUAGCCCCACUGAGGGGGACAGGAGGGUGCUAGAGAGGUCAACGACAACCGUGGAGUCCCCACAACCCCCAGUGGAGAGGGGGGAGAGAGGAGAGGGGACUGCUAGGACUCCUCCUACACACCUGUUGGUUAGAGAUUGCAGCUUGUUCAGUCUGAGUGACGCAGGGUCCAGCUCCAGAGGCCAUUCUGGCCACAGUUCCCGUGAAGAGUCCUCUUCCUCUGCCACCUCCCCUUCCUCUUCCUCUGCCACCUCCCCCUGCUCCCAGACGUCGAUCUCCCCCAGCCCCAAGACCUUCUACCCCCGUCAGGGAGCCACCUCCAAGUACCUCAUCGGCUGGAGGAAGCCAGGGUCCACCAUCAACUCUGUCGACUUCGGAGACAACCGCAGGAAGUCCCCGGGGGAAGGAGGAGGAGGAAGUGGAGGAGAGGGGGGUGGAGGUCAGGGUGGGGUCGGUGUUCAGAGCAGACCUCAUCACUCCCCCCAGCCACACCUCACCCACGCUAAGACCAGUGCAGAGGAUGAUAUGAAGAGACUGAGUCCAGACAGCCCCCUCAAACACAGACGGCACAAGGCCAAGGACAAGGUACACGCAGGGUCCCAAGGACAAGGUACAUGCAGGGUGGGUGGGAAAGAUAUGAAGAGACCAGACCUCCCCCUCCCAAGGACAAGGUACAUGCAGGGUGGGUGGGAAAGAUAUGAAGAGACCAGACCUCCCCCUCCCAAGGACAAGUCCUCCUCAGGCCAGCCCCCUACCCGUCGAUCACUCCACCGGACCCUGUCUGAUGAGAGUAUCUACCGGGGCCAGCGUGUCCCCUCUCUGAGGCUGGGGGACCUAGAACCAGACCCCAGCCUGGCUAGUGACGUGCUGUUCAGCUGCUCCACGUUGCCACGUUCUCCCACCACCCGCGGGGUGCCUCUCAGACGACCUUCGUACAAACUGGGGAUCAAACUCCACGGUGACCUGUCUGCGUCUGACACAUCAUUGGCUGAGAUGGUUGAGCGUCAGCGCCACCCCCUCCCCCAGGAGCUGAUGCCCCUCCCCCCCUCUGAGAGCAGGGACAGCCCCCUGGACUGGACCCACCUGGUGGAUGUGGCCAGCACCUUUGAGAUCCAGAGAGGGUUUGUGUUCAGUGAUUCUAACCCCAGAGGUAGUGGAGCCUCCAGCCCUCACCAGUCACAGCCCAGCCUGGAGAUACAGCUUGGCCCUCUAUCAAGACCCUCAUCCAGUGAGGGUCCUGCAGGUUUGGAGAGGAAGUUGACCAAGCUGGAAGCCAUGGUUAGGAUGCUGCAGGAUGACCUGAAAAAGGAGCGUGAGGAGAAGCAGCGUCUCCAUCUACAGAUCAAGAUGCUAUGGGAAGAUAACCAGCGGCUGCAGGAGGAGUCCCAGAGCUCUGCUGCCAAACUCAAGAAGUUCACAGAGUGGGUUUUCAACACCAUCGACAUGAACUGAGACAGAAGAGAGAGGGAGACAGAAGAGAGAGGGAGACAGAAGAGAGAGGGAGACAGAAGAGAGACAGACAGAAGACAGAGAGGGAGACAGAAGAGAGA